AUGCGUGCCGUCGGAAGGAUUCUGGUUUAUCUUACGCGUUUUCUACGGAAAUAUGUUCAUAAUGAUGGAAACUCGCAAGCAGCAACAAGAAACUCGCAGAAAUAACUAGGGAUCACUGUCAAAACAGCUUUUUUCGGAAUAUGGCUGCUUGUGCGUGAUUUUUGUGUCUCUUUGUUAGUUUACAUCAUAAUGAACUCAUUCCCAAAAAAUCAAGUGAAAUGAAUCGGUAUCUUUCCGACGGCACGCAUCUGAAGUCUCGGAACGGCGAAGGAGCGCGCGGCGGCUACAAAGCAGCCGACGGUUCACGGGCCCGUCUGCGUCUCGCUAUAUCUCACACUAUUUCGCCUAGCCUCACUGCGAACUCACAACUCAUCCACCCUGCGUAAAACCCGACUUUUGAAACGGAAAAAUUCUUUAGAAUAUCAAAAUUUCUCAACUUUGCCAAGAGAUUUCAACUGUUUCUUGUUAUUCCAAAUAGAAUUCUCGCGAUUUUCCGUCUAAUUCUAAAAAUAUCAAGAAAGUUUCACACGACGGCGAAAAGUAAUUGAAAAACGAGAGUUGGAAGUGAACGGACGACGAAAACAACAAGAAAAAGUGAAAUCGGUUGGGUUGAUUCGUUGGGGGGAUUAACUGGGGAACACGGGCCGGCAGGGACCACUUUCUAUGUGUUUUCGGCCACUUUUCAUCAAAAAAGAGAAGAAGAAAGAGGGAGAGGUUUAAUGAACGGAAGAAGAAGAAGAAGAAGAAGAAGAAGAAAGAGAGACACGUCUGGUGGUUUUUGAUGGAAAAAAGAAAGAGGGAUGAAUGAGUGAAGGGAUGACUCGGAUGGGCCCGUUUCGAGCAGUUUUUGAGCGAGUGCCUCAAUUUUUCAAUUUGAACAACGAAAAGAACGUUCUAUAGCGAAAUUCUUCAAUUUCGAAAUUUCUAUAACUUUCAGUUGAAACAGAACUUUUCCUUUCCGAUUUCUGCACCAAUGAAUCAUAGUUUCUCUAUUUUUUGAAAAAACAAAGUCCUACAAUAUCUGUUCGUCGUCCGCACGGAUUUCGCCGCCCAAAUCCGCUAUAAGAAGCUCUCGUCAUUUUUCCCGAUUUCCCUAAGACUCUUUUUCAGUUCAAUCCGAUGAUUUUCGGUGCUACAGAGUUCUGAAAUUGUCCCAGACAAAAAAGAAGGAAACCCCACUAAAAUAGUGCAAUUUCUAUACGGAAGAACGCCUUUUUCCCAAAAAAGGAGUUUACUUCGAAUUACAUGUCAUCCUAGACCCGCCGUAGUCCAAAACUAACUGUAGCUGUUUAAAGGCGCAUCACGCAAUUGUUGAAAGAUCAACUGAGUGCCGUGCGAUAAAAUACCGAGAAUUGGCGCGUUUUUGAGCAUUGAGAACUCACGAAAAAACACGAAACGAAUGCAAAUCAAGUCGUUUUUCGGAGAAUAUACCGGGGGGCCAAAAAUAUUAUUUUCUUUGUUCUCGACUCGAAAAUGGCAGAAAAUAACUUAUUUUCCAGUUGUUUUUUCUAUUGGCAACGGAUUUGUUUGGUUUCCAUUUUCAUGCUCGGAUAAUUAAAGAAAGAUGAUAGAAAAGGAAGAGAAAAAAUUGGUUUUGCGGACGGACAUAGAAAAAUAAAUACAAAAAUGCUCGAUGGCAAUCCUUGCCCUCACACAUUUCUGAGAAUAAAGAGGAGAAAAAGAGAGAGGGAGAAAAAGUUGUUUUGUGAUGGAAAAGGGACCUCUUCUUCUUCUUCUUCUUCUUCUUCUUCUCCUCCUUCGGCAUAACUACCUUUAUUGUCGAGUAGAAGAAAAAGACGAAAAGGACGGAGAUUUCCGCCCGUUUUCCUACGUCACACGGAUCGGAAAAGCGGGAGAGGGUGGCCGGCAAAAAAAGGCAUUUUUUCGAUCGGACCCAAACUUUGCACACUUUGGACUGUUUUCUCUGUGCCGAAAUGAUCGGAGACACAAUUAUUAUGAAAAAUAACUGCAGAAUGGCACAAACCCAUGAAAAAAAGUGCGCUUUUCCUGACGCUCUUUGAGCCCGGGUUUAAUUGCUCCAAAAAAUGCAAAAGAGUGCAACGUUUUCCGGUCGAAACCACACUAAAAUGGCCAUUUUCUCGCUUUUUCUCGACGCAACAAUUCGAAUGAAUCAUCAGAAUGCAAUCGAAUUGUUGUUCUUGUAAUUAGAAAAGUCAUAAAACUAUGAAUGAAAUUGGAGAAAUUGCACUAAAAACUUGUAUGUUUUCUUGAAAAAUGCUCUUUUUUGGAGGAAAAGGGAAAUUUGAGACAUUUAUGUGUGUGUGUGUGUGUUGAAAACUAUUUGUAUUUACACGAUCGGGUGGGUGUCUCGGGGGAAUUUCCGGGCCCCGAAAAGAAUUGGAAAAAGGGGUAAACGGUGGGGAAAACGAACGAGAUUGACGGGAUUUCCGGGUUAGAAAUGUACCUUUUUAUUAUCCUUCUUUUUUCUCCCCUCUCUCUCUCUUCUACACGUUAAAAAUAAACGUAAAUAAAUAAUAAUAAUAAUAAUUGUUAUAUACUCGUUUGAAACAGAAAAUUGUUCUGACUAUCCGUAUUUUUGCAGAACUUCCCCGUCUCAAUUGUGGACAUUCAGUCGACGGGACAGCGGAUCAUCGUCUCCGACAGUCAGGAAUCCGUGCACUUCCUCAGAUAUCGAAAAGGAGUUAGUUUUACCUCUUCUCAAACAAUUUCUCAAGCGUUCAUUAGAUUUUGAAAGAAAAAAUUCAGUUUCAAAAAUACCCUUUAAAAAUGUUCCUAAAUGCAAAGCUUGAUGCGUGAAUAAUGUUUUUUGGAAGUCAUAGGGCUGGGCAAAUUUCGGCCCAGUCUUUUAGAGGCCUGAACUUUUGACCCACUUGCAAUGAUCCGAUUGGACCCACACUUUGCAGGAUUCUUGGUCUUGAAUGGAAGUAUAUUGGGUCCAAGUUUCAGACCGAUCCGAUUAUCCGGUCCCGAGAUGUACUGUUUUGAGGCCGAUGGGACCGGGUUAUCCUCCGAUCUACAUAUCUCGGGACCAGAUCAUCCGAUAAAUUUGAAACUUGGACCCAGUAUACUUCAAUCUUCAAGUCCAAGAAUCCUGCAAAGUCUGGGCCCAAUCGGAAGAUUGCAAGUGGGUCAAAAGUCCAGGACUCAAAACGCCUUGUUUUAAUCGUUUCAAAAAAGACACGAAAACAGUUCAGAAAAGCUAGUGCUAGUUUUCAUGUCAAAUCCCACCGAUUGCCUAUUUUCAGGACAACCAACUGGUCGUUUUCGCCGACGACACCUCGCCGAGAUACGUGUCGUGCGUGUGCGUGCUCGACUACCACACGGUCGCAAUCGCCGACAAAUUCGGCAAUCUGGCGGUCGUCCGACUGCCGGAGAGAGUCAACGAAGACGUGCAGGACGACCCGACCGUCUCGAAGAGUGUCUGGGACCGCGGGUGGCUGAACGGCGCCUCGCAAAAGGUAAGCAACAUGGAAACGGCAGAUGAUCUCCGUCGAUUCUCGAGUUUUCCGCGUUUUCCAACGUAAAACCUGUAUAACAGUGCUUGUUUUCACUGCUUUUCCCACAUCCGGUUAUGAUCUCUGUUAUUUUUAGUGAAAUAUACGGAUUUUUCUCUUGAAAAGUGCAUAUUUAGGUCGAAUUGGUGGCAAACUUUUUCAUCGGAGACACCAUCACGAGCCUCCAGAAGACUUCUCUCAUGCCAGGUUUGCACUAUUCCUUUUUCUAUAACGCAUUUUUCUCGAUUUUAAGGAGCCAACGAAGCGCUGGUUUACACGACGAUCGGCGGAGCCAUCGGAUGUCUCGUCUCGUUCAUGUCCAAGGAUGUACGCCUUUUCUUUUAGUUUUUCAGAACUUCUCUCUUCUUUGCUGCACUGGCUGGCAUUAUAAGAACUAGAGUAGUGAAAUUAAUAGAAGAUUUUUGAAACUGAAACCACUUUUUUUGUCAACUUUUCCAAACUAAUUUUUGCAGGAAGUGGAUUUCUUCACGAAUCUGGAAAUGCACGUUCGCAGUGAAUAUCCGCCGCUUUGCGGAAGGGACCAUCUCGCCUAUCGAUCGUAUUACGCGCCGUGCAAGGUGAGUUUCAAGAAGAAAAGUGUUAAUCCUAAACGAAUGUCGAAAAUGUAUUACAGAGUGUGAUCGACGGCGACAUUUGCGAGCAGUUCAGUCUGAUGGACUCGUCGAAACAAAAGGAAGUGGCCGACGAAUUGGGAAAGACCGUGAGCGAGGUAAGAAACGCGUUUAGGCGAUCAGCCUGAAACGGUCUAGAACGAUUUGAUCGAGCAAUUUGAAUUUCUUUCAGAUUUCCAAAAAACUGGAGGACAUUCGCACCCGCUACGCCUUCUAA